AGAAACAAAGCAGUUUGAGAGCGUUUCAGAGACAGAGCUUACGUGGGAAAAACGAAGAUUACGAACUAUACAGUUCAGGAUGCGUGCCCUGGUCCUCUUCUGCUUCCUGGUGGUCUUGUCUGCUGGCUGGGCAAGGCCCCGCCACCCUCUGCUCUCCUCUGAGAUGAUCCAGUACAUCAACAAGCUCAACACCACCUGGAAGGCUGGACAAAACUUCUACAAUGUUGACCUCAGCUAUGUUCAGGGUCUCUGUGGCACACUGCAGAACAAACCCACACUGCCUGAACUGGAGCAUCCAGCUGGAGUCAAGCUGCCAGACACCUUUGACGCACGGCAGCAGUGGCCUAAGUGCCCCACCAUCCAAGACAUCAGAGACCAGGGCUCCUGCGGCUCCUGCUGGGCCUUUGGAGCUGCAGAGGCUAUCUCCGACAGGUUGUGUAUCCAUAGCAACGCCAAGAUUACUGUGGAGAUCUCUGCCGAGGACCUCCUAUCGUGUUGUGAGGAAUGUGGCAUGGGGUGCUUCGGAGGCUAUCCCAGUGCUGCCUGGGAAUACUGGGCUAAAUCUGGGCUGGUGACUGGAGGCCUGUAUGGCUCUAAUAAGGGCUGCAGACCCUACAGUAUCCCCCCAUGUGAGCACCACGUCAAUGGCACUCGUCCUCCCUGCCAGGGCGAAGGGGACACCCCCAAAUGUCAGACCAAGUGCAUCGAUGGCUAUACCCCCGCUUACGAGAAAGACAAGUACUUUGGUAAGAAAACAUACUCUGUGCCCUCCAAGCAGGAGCAGAUCAUGACUGAGCUGUACAAGAAUGGGCCUGUGGAAGCAGCCUUCUCUGUCUACGAGGACUUUCUCCUCUACAAGAGUGGUGUGUACCAGCAUUUGACUGGGGACAUGCUGGGAGGUCAUGCCAUCAAGAUCCUGGGCUGGGGGAAGGAGAACAACACUCCCUACUGGCUGGCUGCCAACUCCUGGAACACAGACUGGGGAAACCAAGGGUUUUUCAAGAUCCUCCGCGGUGGGGAUGAAUGUGGCAUCGAGUCCGAGGUGGUGGCUGGAAUACCCCAGCUCUAGACUGCACAACAGGAAUCAACAGGACAGUCCGAUUUUGACGUGGCUACUUAUAUUUGUCUUUAUGUGGUCUGUCAUACGCAAGCCUUCUUGGUUUAAUACAUGAAUUUACUGUUAAUUCAUUUAGUUUUAGUGCCCUUACUUUAACAGGCAAUAGUUUGUUGUUAAAAGGUAAAGUAUAGUACAUAAGCUACCAUUUAUUCCAUUGGAACAGAUACCAAUCCAAACAAUCUAAAUAAAACAAAUUUCAAUUUUAUUUCCGUUGUUUUUCUACAUAUUGCUGUUUUCAGGCCAAUACUAAGGUUAAAUAAAAAAAUUGAAGUACAAAAUCUAGCCAGGUAGUUAUAGUGUUUGAUUUUAUGCAUGAACAUUCAAACAAACACUUAAUUUUCACAUCGUUAGAAAAUAGAAUUUAAUAUAGAUGGAGUAACAAAGCCAUACAUGGUACAGUUCCAAAAUAUUAAUUGCUUAGAGAUAUUGUUCAGCAUUUUUUUUUCACACAUGCUAAACAGAACAUCAUCUAAAAUAGAGAUGUAAAAGCAUCACAUCAAGUGAUAAACAGGCAUAUCAUACAUGUAUAUGUAAUAUAUAAAGCAGUAUAAAAGAGGUACAUUGGUAGACAGACCAACAAGGCAUUAACAACUGUAAACAUUUCAUAUGUGCUUUUCAUGACGCCAGCAUCACCACGGCUCAACCGCUAACUGCCAUCGUCAAGGCAGGGUACAAAAUAAUUGGCAUGAUAAUAUACACAAAGACAAACUAUAACUCUACAAGGGUCCUAGAAUAUGUAUUUAGACCAAUCUUAAAGUACAACACCUGUAUUUUUCAACCGGUAGACAUUGGCAAACCACAACACAUUAAAUGUGUGCCUCUAUAAUACAACUCAGGCUACUUGUCUUGUCCGUGGCAGGUGAAUAACAAUGCACCAUGUUGGUAGUAGUGUUUCCUCAACAACUUUGCUUCCAGUUGUA